AUGGGUAAGACUCUAGUAAAGUUUGCUUUAAUGGGCAAUAGCGCGCUAUUCCGCUUCGCUAUAGCGAAUUACGACGGUGGCAUGAUGCAAGAAUCAGAGGAUGAAAAUAUGGAAAUGGAACACGAACGUGACGGAUCGAUGCCGUAUGAUGAGCAAAGCGAAGAGUGUGAGAUUGACUCACUGCCUGCAUUACCGGAUGCGGAAGUGUUGGAGCGAAUUCGCGAUGAGAAAAAACGAGGGAUGUUUGUUUCGGGAUGGGAGGAGGACGAUGAAGGGAUUGCAGAGAAGAAUCUCGAUGACCCAGCUGAGCAAAUGCUGACAGCCGCUGAAACGGGCGAUGUUAAACUGCUCGUGGAACUUUAUCAACGUGAUCGAUCCCUCCUCGAAGUUCGUGAUAGUGAUGAUUACACCCCGUUACACCGUGCCGCAUACAAUAAUCAUAUUGAUGCAGUUCGAUAUUUGCUGUCGAUUGGUGCUGAUCCCGAAUUGAAAACUGAAAAUGGUUGGACAGUAAUACAUUGUGCAGCAUUUUGGGCAUGUUACAAUAUUGUUGCAAUAUUGUUGUCUCAUGGUGUAGACGUUAAUUCUAAAACAAAUGGCAACUUAACGCCUCUGCAUUUGGCGAUUAAUUCUAACGGUGAUAGCGAAAACAUCUUUCACACUGUACGAUAUUUACUCGAAGCACCAGGUAUUGAUGCGUCGGCUGUAUCGAAUGCCGGCGAUACACCAAUAAUGCUCGCACGACGAACAUCACCAAAAGUUUAUGAAAUCAUCGAACGAAGAAAUGAUCCACAACGUUGGUCAACGAGGUGUUUGGUAAAUGAAGGAGAUAAGCAGAACUUUUCACGAGGUAAAUAUUGUAUGGAAUGUGAUCGGAUGGCACCAUUAAGAAGUCAUCACUGUCAAUUAUGUCAGAUGUGUGUUCUUCGAAAAGAUCAUCAUUGUUUCAUGACUGGUGGUUGUGUUGGUAUCGCUAAUCAGCGUUAUUUUAUUGUGUUCGUUUUAUGGGCUGGAGUGGGUUGUGCGUUAGGAUCAUACUAUUUACUGAUGUAUUUGAUAACGUUUGUUGAAACGAACCUGUACCCAUUCGGAUGGAUCAAGUUCGUUGCUCCGUUUGCCAUUGGUCGUUGGUUAGCAUCGUACGAAACGUUCACGAAUAUGUUUAUGUGCAUUGUAUUCAGCAUUUCUGUGAGCACUUCCGUUGCAGCUUUUAUCUUCUUCUUUUCACAGAUGUUUUUCACGUUAAAUGGUUAUACGAUGUAUGAUUAUAACACAUUACGUCGUCGUAUCGAACUGAAAGGUGAUGGUAACACAUACACUGAAAGGUUACAACUCGUAUUCGGACGUAAUUGGCUACUUAAUUUCAUCUUUCCUCAGUUUUGGCAUGUAAACCGUUUGACAGCGGAUAUCGCCCGUAACAUAUUCAACACAAGCGCCAAAGAUGUUUGA